AUGGCCACACUCAGGGUCCAGCCUGAAGCCCAAGCCAAGGUGGAUGUGUUCCGUGAAGACCUGUGUACCAAGACAGAGAACCUGCUUGGGAGCUACUUCCCCAAGAAGAUUUCUGAGUUGGAUGCAUUUUUAAAGGAGCCAGCUGUCAAUGAAGCCAACCUGAGCAAUCUGAAGGCUGCUGUGCCUGAUCCAGUCAAGGAGAAAGAGAAGGAAGAGCGGAAGAAACAGCAGGAGAAAGAAGAUAAGGAUGAAAAGAAGAAAGAAGAUGAAGACAAAGGUCCUCCCUGUGGCCCAGUGAACUGCAAUGAGAAGAAUGUGAUCCUCCUGCAGCGCCUAAAGCCUGAGAUUAAGGAUGUCACUGAGCAGCUUAAACUGGUCACCACCUGGUUGCAGCUGCAGAUACCUCGGAUUGAGGAUGGAAACAAUUUUGGAGUGGCUGUCCAGGAGAAGGUGUUUGAGCUGAUGACUGCCCUUCACACCAAGCUGGAAGGAUUCCAUACUCAAAUCUCCAAGUAUUUCUCUGAACGGGGUGAUGCUGUGACCAAAGCAGCCAAGCAGCCCCAUGUGGGUGAUUAUCGGCAGCUGGUACAUGAGCUGGAUGAGGCAGAGUACCGGGAUAUCCGGCUGAUGGUCAUGGAGAUCCGAAAUGCUUAUGCUGUGUUAUAUGACAUCAUCCUGAAGAACUUUGAGAAGCUCAAGAAGCCCAGAGGAGAAACAAAGGGAAUGAUCUAUUGAGAGUCUCCUCUUACACUGUGAUUGGACCAGCAGACAC